GGAUAAAUGUGGUGCUGCAGCCACAGCUGGAUUCUUUAGAAUACUGUCUUUGUUGAAACCUAAAAACACUAAAGUUUGUGGAGUGAUGACAAUGGUAAGAAACAGUGUUGGCGCAGACUCGUACGUUGCUGAUGAGAUAAUCACCUCCCUUGCUGGUGUAAGAGUUAGGAUUGGUAAUACUGAUGCAGAAGGUCGCAUGGCAAUGGGUGAUCCAUUGUGUAAGAUAAAAGACCAGGCCAAGAAUGAAAUCAACCCACAUAUCUAUACCAUUGCUACCCUGACUGGACAUGCAAUUAGAACUGCCGGAGCUGCUUAUUCGAUUGUGUUGGACAACGGGCCAGCAAGACAGAUUAAGCAUGCUCAGUCUCUGCAAAAUGCUGGUCAUGAUGUUGCUGAUCCAUUCGAGAUAUCAACAAUUAGAAGAGAGGACUUUGAAUUUCACAAAGGUAAAACUGAAGCUGAAGAUGUAUUACAGGCUGGUACACAGCCUUCCAGUGCCACGUCUAGAGGGCAUCAGAGCCCCGCUGCAUUUCUCAUAAUGGCAUCUGGUUUGGAUCAGCAUGGUAUUGAUUCCAGUCAGCCUCUACCAUACUCACAUCUCGACAUUGCUGGUUCAUCUGGUCUCUAUCCAGAUACCGUUGUGACUGGUGCUCCCAUUGUGGCUCUAACAGCCAAAUACGUCUUACCAAUGAUGUAGGCAGUCUAGUCUUGCAAUUCGAGCCUUUCAACUCCAUCUCUUUUACCCAAAUCGAGAUAUACUGUAUCACAGUCAAUUCAAGUUGAGCCAUUGCAGCUUUAUUUUAGUAUGUAUUUUGUGAAAUUCUUUUUCUUGGCAUUCUAUCUACAUGAUAUCUUUUUUUUUCUUGUUUAUUUUUUUCCCUAUUCAAUACACCAGAUUCUAUUUUCUAAACGUGUUGAUUCAAGCAUAUUCUUUUUAAUCACAGUUUUGUAUUUAGUAUAACACUUUUACGCUUAACUUGACAAUCUUUCUGAGUUUUAUAUAGAAGGUCAUUCAAUGUAUACUAGUAUUCUGCAGGUCAGUUUUGAGGGUUGAACUCAAGUUGGUGUUUCUGACUCGUACGUGUUUCAACAACCCUUCACGGGUUUGGUUAAGAUACUCGGUAUGUGUCGUAUCUGCUGGUAUACAAAUAAUAUCACGUUCUAUUAUAGUAAACUUCGCGCAUUAAAUUUGUUUUUGUCAACUUGAAAACAGUUAAAUCAUCGCAUGGUAACACUUGUACAUGCAAACUUUCGUUUCUCGUUUUCAGUGACUUUAAUAUAUCAUGAACAUUUACACUCACAUUUAAUGGAUUAACUACAACUUCAAAAUCAAUGUAUCGUGAAUUAGACAGCAUUAUUAUCAGUAG